CAGAAUCAUGGCGGCCGCAGCUGCAGUCCGGUCGAGCAUGGGUCUGACUUUGAGACUUUCUCGAGUCAUGCCGGACUGUAGCACAUGUCCCCUGUACAGAUUAAAGAGCUGUGCGAACAGCGUGGCUAAUCUACAGAGGAGGGGUUCCUUUGAUAGUUUCCGGACGAUAAACCGAAAUUUGCAGACGAGUAUAGGUCUUUACCACAGUGAGGAGGGGAGCUCCAAUGCAGAGGACCCAGAGGAUGUGGUGAAUGUGGUGUAUAUAGAUCGAUCUGGCCAGAGGAUCCCAGUUAAGGCCAAAGUGGGAGAUAAUGUUCUGUAUCUGGCUCACAAGCAUGGAAUUGACCUGGAAGGAGCCUGUGAGGCAUCGUUGGCCUGCUCUACAUGCCAUGUCUAUGUCAGCUCUGCCCAUUUUGACAAACUGCCAGAACCUGAUGAGCGGGAGGAUGACAUGUUGGACAUGGCACCCAUGCUUCAGGAGAACUCCCGGCUGGGAUGCCAAAUCAUUCUGACGCCUGAGCUUGAUGGCAUUGAGCUCACUUUGCCCAAAGUCACCAGGAACUUCUAUGUGGAUGGCCACGUUCCUAAACCUCAUUGAGGAGAGGCACAAAUGAUGAAGGGGGCAGGGGUCUGGACAGUAAUUAGAGGGUGCAAGCUAGACACCAUGUGUGCUGGUUGAGUGAGGUGAGGACCAUGACGAGAUGCAAGGCUAGGAUAGUAAAGCCCAUAGCAACUCCCAAGAUGUCUUGCUGACUGACAAAUUCCACAGUUAACCAAUGACAUGACAGGUCUGCAGGUGAGAUCAGGCAGAUACUAUGAGUCUCACUGAAGGGGAAAUUAAUGGUUACUUCCAAAAAAAAACAAAAACAAAACUGUGAUGGUUUAAC